GCUAGCUCUUACCCGCGGAAAUCAGUACUGCGACACUGUUGUCACAAUGAGGCUGGAAGGUGGAGGUGGGAUGCCGGUCUGCGUUUUGACGCUUCGCUUCGCAGCCCUGCUUCUCUGGGGCGUCUUGGGGGCCAGUGCCCUGGACAAUGGUUUGGCGAGAACCCCGACCAUGGGCUGGUUGCACUGGGAGCGGUUUAUGUGCAACGUGAACUGUCGAGAUGAGCCAGAUUCAUGUAUCAGUGAAGAGCUUUUUAUGAAGAUGGCAGAUAUCAUGGUUUCAGAUGGCUGGAAGGAUGCCGGUUAUGAAUACGUCUGCAUUGAUGACUGUUGGAUGGCGCUUGGAAGAGAUGCAAACGGCAGACUUAGGGCAGACCCUACCCGCUUUCCUCGAGGGAUCCCCCACCUGGCUAGUUAUGUCCAUAGCAAAGGGCUGAAGCUAGGGAUUUAUGCAGAUGUUGGAAAUAAAACCUGUGCAGGCUUCCCUGGCAGUUUUGGAUUCUAUGACAUUGAUGCCCAGACCUUUGCUGACUGGGGAGUGGAUCUGCUAAAAUUUGAUGGUUGUUACUGUGACAGUGUGGAACAUGUGGCUGAAGGUUAUAAGCGCAUGUCCUUGGCCCUGAACAAAACUGGCAAAAGUAUUGUGUAUUCCUGUGAGUGGCCCCUUUAUACGUGGCCCUUUCAACGGCCCAAUUACACAGAAAUUCGACAGUAUUGCAAUCACUGGAGAAAUUUUGCUGACAUUUAUGAUUCUUGGCAAAGUAUAAAGAGCAUCUUGGCCUGGACAUCUUCUAACCAGGAGGAGAUCAUUCAUGUCGCUGGACCAGGGGGUUGGAAUGAUCCAGAUAUGUUAGUGAUUGGCAACUUUGGCCUUAGCUGGGACCAGCAGGUAACUCAAAUGGCGCUGUGGGCUAUCAUGGCAGCUCCAUUACUAAUGUCCAAUGACCUCCGAACCAUCAGCCCUCAAGCGAAAGCCCUCCUUCAGAAUAAGGAUGUAAUAGCCAUCAACCAGGACCCCUUGGGGAAGCAGGGGUACCAGCUUAGAAAGGAAGACAACAUUGAAGUCUGGGAACGCCCUCUCUCGAACUUAGCCUGGGCUGUGGCUAUAAUAAACCAACAGGAAAUAGGUGGACCUCGAUAUUUCAGCAUCUUUAUUGAUUCCCUGGGUAAAGGAGUGGCCUGUAAUCCUGGCUGCUUCAUCACACAACUCCUUCCUGUGAAGAAAAAUGUUGGGUUUCAUACGUGGACCUCAAUGUUGAACACUCAGAUAAAUCCCACAGGCACUGUUUUGUUUCGGAUAGAAAGUACACAGAAAUAUUGAUUUAAAACCUGUUGUGCUACCCCACUUUUGUCACCUUUCCCUCUAUCCCCACUUUAGCUAUUUUCAAUUUUCCAAUUGAAAUACUUGCUGUACUAAAUCGUACCAUUUAUAAUAUGGACUAGAGGGGAUUAUCCUUUGUGAAAUAAAU